AUGGUGCAGCAGCAAAGGCGAAUUAGGGGUGAAUACCUCAAUAACGAAAUCUAUUGGGGUAAGAGGUUUAAUGCGGACUUGUAUCGGAAAAGCAAAGUCGGAUGGUUCCUUCGCAAGCCUAACUGGAACAACAUCCAGCUGCAGCCGUUCGAGCAAAACCUCUAUGAAGAACAUCCGGCCACGGCAAGCCGGUCGAUCGCCGAAGUGGAAGCUUACAGAAAGGCCAACGGUGUAUUGGUGAAAGGGAACGACGUGCCGAAACCCAUCCUCGCCUUCAACGAGUCCAACUUUCCGGACUUUGCCUUCAAGGGAAUCGAGGCCCGACGGGAUUGCACGUUACCAACCUCCAUCGAGGCCAUCUGCUGGCCCAUCGCACUCUCGUGCAAGAACUAUCUCGGCAUAGCGGAGACGGGAUCGGACAGGGCUCUCGCCUACGUCCUCCCGGCCGUCAUACACGUCAGCCGCCAGCCGCCCAGGAAGCAGCAAGACGGACCCGUCGCCGUUCUUGUGGUUCCGACGCGCGAGCUGGCCAAGAAGAUUCACAGCGUGGCCUCAGACCUUGGCAACCAUGCCGGGUUACGCAGUGUGUGCGCCGCAAACGGCGACAGCAAGGGAGGCCAGUACGCCGAGCUCAAGAAGGGCUGCCACAUCUUCGUGGCCACGCCUCGACGCCUCAUCGAGUUCCUCGAAGAAGGCAAGGUGAACCUCCACCGGUGCACGUACCUCGUUUUCGACGAUGUGGACCGCAUGCUGACGAUGGGCUACGAGCCCCACGUCCUCAAGAUUGCCGAGCUUUGCCGACCGGACCACCAAACGAUAAUGUGGGCCACAUCAUGGAAGAGGAAUCUGAAGCCCCUUGUAGAAGACCUGCUCGAGGACUACGUAGAAAUCAGGUUUAAUCCGGCGCCGCUGCCCGUUGAAAACGGCGUGGAAAUGACCGUCGACGUGUCCCAGGAGGAAGACAAGGGAGAAAAAUUGGCUGAACUCCUCAACAACGUACUCAAGGAGAAGACAGACAGAGCCGUGGUGUUCUGUGACACGAAAUGGAAGGUCGAUGAUAUCGCUUUCCAACUGCGACAACGUGGCUGGUCCGCUAUCGGCCUUCACGGCAAGAAGCUACAAAUAGAGCGGGACUGGGUCGUGUCUAUGUUCCUUAGAGGUGCAGCGAACGUGCUCGUUACGACGGACAAGGUUGCGCAGGACCUGGAUUUCGACAACGUGCGGCUCGUGGUGAACUACGACUGCCCGGACUCCUGCGAGCUCUACGCCCACAGGUCGAGGCACGUCAAGCGCCCGGGUGUGCCAGGUGCUGUGCACACGCUCAUCGUUCCUGAUCAAGGGCUCCAGGCCAAGACGCUGAUAGAGAUUUUGGAGGAUGCCAAGCAACCGGUCAAUCCAAAACUCCGCAACAUAGCGAAAAAUGUUCGUUCCAAACAAUAA